AAUAGCGGGUGUUUUCGUAUGUGCGAAAUUUUACAACCGCUCGUAUUUUCAAGUCCGAUCUCUCGUUGUAGCACAUGCAAUGCCCAGAGCCGUUCAAACUGUCUUCCUGAUAGAUAUAGCAUCGUUCCAUGGAUACGAUGACAACUUGCUGCAUCCAGAUUUUGAACAGAGCGUGAACUGCAUUCGGUACAGUUGUUUGAAGUUCCUCACGUACUUCGGUACACGAAAUACACGAUGGGGCUGCAAAUACUACUGCAGCAAUGGGAACGUAAGACAGAAAAUGGAGAAGCGUCCUUUUUCCGAAUUCAACCUGGAAAGCUUCGAAGAAUUUGAGGAUGAAUUGCUCCACCGGUUCAACAGGUACAACGCUGCUUGCAGUGCCUUUGACCGGACGACAAUAGAUCAGACACCGGUGAAAGACGCUCCGUGCAACAUAAUCAGAGUAGCACUUACUCAACUGGCAUCAGAAUAUACUUGGGAUGCUCCGGACAUUGCGUCUCCGGUAAAACGAAAUCCGGCAAAGCGGAGAAAACUCUCUGAUGGGGAGGACGACGACGCAGUUCUUAAUUGCGUCUUUCAUAUUUCACGGAUCCCGUACUCGCACGAAGAGCUCGACAUAUUUUUGGGCAAGCCCCACAAAGGUGCAGAUAUUGCGAAAGAGUUGAUGCCACCACAGUUACAACGUCUUCUCAUAAGCAGCCUUAAUACACGUUUCAUUUGGAUAGACUGCAACCCGUCAGUGCCGUCUGAACUCGAAGAGUUCGGAGCUGCUAUUACAAAGUUGAAUGGAAAAGUGCUUCCAUUGCAGAUUUUGAUGAAAUCUUGUGGUACUAAAAAAGAUGACUGCAAUGUUUUCUUCUGCGAGCCUUUGUCAAGCGUAGCAGAGUUGUAUCUGCAUGAGGAACCCUUGCCACCAUCGUCAGGCCAAGCCAGGUUCGUUCUCGGAGACGAACAAGUGUGUCGCGUCGUCUGCUGUUUUGAUUCUGUUUUGUAUACAGCAUCUCCGGAGGGCCUCGUGUGUAAAUCGGCACUUCGGGUAAAAGGAUCUUGGAAAGAAAUAAAGGUUCUGUACAGGACUUCUUCGGCAGUGAAACAGAGUGCCCUGAAUGGCGAACAAGUGCUCGGAUAUCGCCUUGACCCGAACAGCUCAAGUGAUUCUGCCAGAAGUUUGUCAGCAGUGUUGAGGGACCUUACUCUGCGCAGUGAUGCUUUUGCAGUCGAACUGUCUUCUGACGUACAUCACGUUUGUCACGGCUUUCUGUUCCCUGUAAACGCGACCGCCUUUUGUGUCCACGUAGUAACUGUGCUGUCGUCAUUACCGUUGCACUUGUUGAGAGAAACAUCAUUUGAAGCCCCGAGUUGCUACGCGUUCAGUGAAAGCCCAGAGUGCCUAACAAAUCCGCCCAACACUAGUUCGCGGGAAGUGCCUGAAACAACGUUGAAAGCGUUUGACGCCAGAGUGCUGGAAAAGUGGUACAUCCCGCCGGCACCUAUGAGCGACUUCCUCUCUUCGGUUUGCAAAGAAGAUUCCCUCGACGAGAAGCGAGAGAGGCUUCUGGAAAAGUUGCGAGACGAGUACACAGCCAAGUAUUCCAGUGGAAAAAGCAAGGCAAAGAAAGACGAGAGGCCGAAGAGUGACCAGGUUGCUGUAACGUCGAGUACUCGUUCUCUGAGGAAGCGAUUGAGCGCGUCCUUGAACGUCUCGUCCAGGUCCGCGGACAUGGUUGCGCACAGCUACAUCAGCACGAGGAAGGAAGCGAGGACCACCGUAACAGUGCCACCAAAUGGAACGGAGUCGUCCCAACAGCGGCCGCCAUCAUUGUUGGAUUUGUCCAGCAAUGCGGAUGAAGGUCACUUGAUAGAGCACCUCAAGUCUUCGCUCGAAGCGGCGUUGAAUUCGGCGUCACAGACCUCGUUGCUGACGUGCGUUCAAAAUGUAGUCAGCGUUGUAAAGCAUCAUGCUGAUUCGAGACACUGUGCUGGUCCCAACAGCGCAAAGUUUGCUCUCAAACUGCUCGAGACGCACUUCGUUGUGAGCUGCGCGCAGAUUGCGCAAAAAUAUUCUUGCCUUCGAGACUGUGUCAGCAAACAGCGCCGUCUACGAGAGUACCAGUUUCAGGUUCUACUUGCCCUUGAAAAGGAACUGCACUUUAGAUUAUCUACGAGUGAUUGCGUCGAGACGGUUGUUUCUUUAUUACGAACAGUAUCUUUUAUCUACAGUCCGUCGGAAGCUAAUCAGUUCCUGUGGGGUUCCAUCAAAGAGAGCUAUCUCAUGAGUCUCCGUGAUAUACUGCUCGAAAUCAGUGAGGAACUGAAUGUGCCACUGUUCAGCGACACCCUCUCCUCUGUGCACACAGAAAGGGACUUUAGCGACUUUGGUUCUCUUCCGUCCAUCAGCUCAGUGCCAUCGCAAGACUCUUAUCUUUCGAGCAUCCCAUCAAUGUCUUCCCAAAAACUUGCCGAAAAAGGUGAAAAUCGUCCACUGCCGCGAGUGGAUCUUUCACAGCCUUCUGUACACCCAAAGCGACAAAUUGUCAUUCCAAGAGCAUCGAAGAAGGUGCACUCGGAACUUCCACGGUCCAGCAGAACGUCCAAGAGGGAACCAGGUCAGGUGGAAUCCGCACAGACUGUACGUCGCGGACUCUUUGUAUCUCCAACUAAAAAACAAGCGCAGCAAUCUUCAAGGCCUGCAACACCGAAGAGACAACAACGUGUGCUGAAGACAACCUUUGUGCCGGAGACUCCGACACAUAAACAGGGUGGCCAGGUCGUCCUUCGUCGUCAAGCACGGAUGAGGAAAAGGUCGGGAGUUGAGGUAACGGUACGGGUUAUCCGGGAGACGCCGCAGAAGUUGCUGCGUGAAGAAACGAGCACCACACCCAGAAAAUCGUUAAGUAACGUGUCGGAAACUCGACCCAGGUCUGGAAGCGGCGUAGCAGGAAGAUGGAAGACCCCACCGAAGAUGAAGACGCCUACAAAAUCUGCGGGUAGGGAUAUCCACAAGGCGCACGGAAGGUUGUCGCUGAGGGCACUGUUGGCAUCUCCCGGCGACAUUGGGAAUUUGCAGUGUCAACAGAGGGUCCUCGACAGCAAAAGAACCCCGACUAAGUCGUCCGAUGUUGUAGGCGGCGCGUCGGCUCCAACCAGGUCGAUUUUGAAGAACAAGUUCACUCCGUCGAAGGCUAACCUCCUGUCGGGCGUCACUUGGGCAAGCAGCUCGGAGGUUCUCGCAGACGCUACCCACGUAACCCCGAGGAAAUCUGCUCAGCGGGGCCGCACUCUAGGAACCCCUCCACAGUGGACCGGAUCUGAGUCCUUAUUCUCCACUCCAGAGAGCGUUUGCGCGGGUUCGGAGAGCAGUCCCAAAAAACUUGUCGCAUUUUCGGACCUCGCAUCCGCAGAAGGGUAUCCAGCAGCGGUCUCCGACGUGCCUCCAACCACUCCAAGGAGGAGGAUCUCGAAACGGUUGUUGCAUUCACCCGCCACGCCAAAGUUUAAGUAUUCUACGAGUUCCUCACUUUCCAAGUCAGAGAGUUCGUUCCUGUGUGAUACAUCUCGACAGCUGUUUGGUGUCCCAAGCAAAGACCCUACAGCGUCUGAGAGCUCACCAGGAGCCAUUGAGAGGACAAGAAAGAGAAUCGAAGCACGAGUGUUGGAGCUCCCCACCGGAGACUCUGCAAAUCACUUCUCACAGCCUGCGAGUGGGGACGCUUCGUUAUGCGAGACUCCGAGGAAAACCAGGACGAGAAACGGACAUCCGAGGAGACGUAAAGUCGUCCUGUCGCAAAGCGCGGAACACGAGGACUGUAUUGCGAAUGAUGUUUACAGUGAAACGCAUGACAAGGAUCCGCAAGGAACAUCCUGCGAGCCUGUACAUCCGGAGCCGCGUGGAUCCGGAACCAUGCUGCGAAUCACGAGGAGCAGGGCGAGGGAAACGGGCCUGACCCCGCACGAGAUAUUUGUCCUCUCGCAGUCCAGUCCCAGAAAAGAGGACAAAAGUGGAACGAAGACAGCCGUGCUGGGGGCACGCGGAGAGCUCGCGAAAACUCCGCAACACGUGAAACCGCAGAAGAGGACGUUUACGCCGCCUUCAGCUAUUAGUGUUCUGCACUUGACGUCGUCGCCCAUGUUGCUGAAGGGCUGUGUGAAGUGAACGGUGUUUUCGUCUUGUACAUAUACGCUUGUACGUACGUUUGAGGCGCGCUUUGCCACGUCAACUAACUUAAAUCGUCUUAACGUGACAUUCGGUUGACAUGUGGCUCAGUGUGAUGCAGGGUAGGAGAGUGACUGCACUGCUUUUGCUUUGAGUAUUAGGCAUGACCUGUUGAGACCAGUUGGACAGUUGCACUGAGACUGUGCCGUUGAGCAGUUGCUUCGGCUCGAAAGCCUAGCAUUUUAUCCUGUUCUUAAGCAUGUAUAAAAACUUUCUAUGCAGAUAAGUUACAUUAGAUUCUACAAUUUUGCUUUACAGUGGUACCGUUUGAGAGUAAAAAAUCAGUGCGAUA